AUGCACGGAUUUUCGGAUGCGUCCGAAGAUGCAUUCGGAUCUUGUAUAUACCUGAGAUCUAUCGACGCGAAUGGUGAAGUGUUUACAAGUCUUCUAUGCGCAAAGUCCAAGGCCGCACCGUUAAAGACCGUUACGCUGCCGCGACUCGAGUUAAUGGCAGCCGUAACCUUAGUCAGAUUGUCGAAUGAAGUCAAAAGGUCAUUACGUAUAAAAAUUGAUCAGUGCGUUUACUGGUCAGAUUCAACGGUAGUUUUGGGAUGGCUGAAGCAUCCACCCAAUCAAUUGAAGCCCUUCGUUGCUAAUCGUGUCGCCGAAAUCCAAGACUUGUCGGCAGCUGAUAGCUGGCGUCACGUACCGACUAAAAGCAAUCCCGCAGACCUCGUAUCGAGAGGUGUAAAACCCAGAAAUUUAUUGAAUAACUCGCUGUGGUGGGAGGGGCCUCCAUUUCUAAAAGAAAGAAAGGAGAGCUGGCCUGAAUGUCUUAACAAAAACGAAAAUUUGCCCGAUAUUCGCAAACAAAAGGUUAAUUUACUUAUCUCGUGUUCAGAAAAUGAUUUUAUUAAACAUUUUUCGGACGUAAAUAAACUCAAGCGAAUCACCGCAUAUAUAAGAUGUUUCUAUUUAAACUGUAAGGCCAAGGGAAAUUCUGAACUAAGUAAUAGUGGACCAUUGGAAGUUUCUGAAUUAGACGGUGCAUUAAACUGUUUGACAAAAUUAUCGCAAGGCGAAUUCUUUCAUCGUGAUAUUAACAAAUUGAACAAGAAUAAACCUGCCGCUGACUGCAAAAUUAUUAGUCUUAAUCCGUUUUUGGACCGCGAUGGCAUUUUACGAGUUGGCGGACGGUUAACCAAUGCCAAAUUUGCUUUUGAGAAAAAACACCCGGCAAUUUUAUCGUCUAAAAGUCAUUUAGCCGAGUUACUAGUAAGGAACACGCAUUUACGAUUGAUGCACGCUGGACCGCAGCACACGUUGGUUACGCUUCGUGAAAGGUUCUGGAUUGUAGGCGGACGCACAUUAGUUAAAAACGUUGUGCGAAAAUGCAUUCCAUGUUUUAGGUAUAAACCCACUCAAACUCAACCCAUAAUGGCGCCUUUACCAGAAAUGCGUUUGAAAUCGAGACAUCCGUUUGAAUUCGUCGGCGUUGAUUAUGCCGGACCUAUGUCGAUCAAAAAUAAAUCCGGAAGAGGAUACAAGGUAUCCAAAGCUUACAUAUGCCUCUUUGUUUGUUGCGUUACGAAAGCAGUACAUACAGAGUUGGUGAGUGAUCUUAGUACGGAUGCUUUUCUGUUGGCUUUAAAACGAUUUGUCUCCAGACGAGGCAAGCCCGCUUGUAUUUACAGUGACAACGGCACAAACUUUGUAGGGGCCAACAAUGCCCUAAAGGAACUGGGAAGGUUUAUUAUUAAUAACGAAACAAAUUUAACAAACUCCUUUCAAGCUGAUGACAUAACUUGGAAGUUUAUACCUCCGCGAUCUCCUCACUUUGGAGGACUUUGGGAAUCGGGAAUUAAAUGUAUUAAGUAUCAUCUAAGACGUGUUACAAAAGAUUUGUCAUUCACUUUCGAACAGUUGUAUACUAUAUUGACCGAAGUGGAAGCAAUUCUAAAUUCUCAACCAUUAUCGCCCCUAUCAGACUCUUCUCAUGACCUUCAUCCUUUAACACCAUCACACUUCUUAAUCGGUCGAUCAUCAAAUGCUGCUCCUGAGCCUAACAUAACCCACUUGCCGAGAAAUCGGUUAUCCAUGUAUCAGCAUCUAGCCCAAGUUAAACAGCACCUUUGGAAAAGAUGGAACAAGGAAUAUGUGAGCGAAUUACAAACGCGAACCAAAUGGAAAUUUAACUACGACUCGCUCAAGGCAAACACAUUAGUGCUACUAAAGGAGGACAACCAACCCCCAAUGAAAUGGAAACUAGGACGCGUGGAAGCCAUUCAUCUCGGCGCAGACGGCGUAGCAAGAGUAGCCACAAUCCGUACCACUGACGGCCACGUAAAAAGAUCUUUUGCCAAGAUCUGCCCGUUGCCGCUUGACGACAAGGAGUAG